AUGAUAAUUACAACAUGGAUUGUGUACAUUCUCUCCCGGCAAAAUGCAGGGUUCCCCUUCCCACCAAAAACCAGUUCGGACGUUGAAGUUGUGGAAAGCGAGGCUGUGUCUGUAGUACAGCACUGGUUGAAAAAAACCGAAGAAGAGGCUUCCCAGAAUAUAAUGCAGAAGAUGUCCAGCAGCGGCCCUCCCGUCCACGGCCAGGAUGUGCAUGUGUCCAGAGAUGUGGUGAAGCACCAUCUCUCAAAGUCUGAUUUGUUAGCAACACCGAGUCAAGAAGUCCUGGAGGAAAGGACAAGAAUCCAGUUCAUAAGAUGGAGCCAUACCCGCAUCUUCCAAGUGCCAAGUGAGGUGAGAGAUGAUGUUAUGCGCAGCCGGAUAGAGCAGGUGAGACGAAGCUUGUGCCACCUCACUGAUGAAUCAUCUCAGGAUUCUCAUGACAGAAGCUCCCUGGACUGCUGA